AUGGCGGGCAUUAAACGUAAACUUGAUUCCACCAAAGGAUCAGCUGCAGCGACUACUGGCAGCGCAACAGGCGCAGCCCCUCCAAAGACGCCUAACUCUACUGUUGGUGAUACUGCUCAUAUCCGCGUGACACGGAGUCUACGUGCAAGUCAAGAUGCGCGGGCGAACCACACUGAUAACAACAAGAACAGCACAAUCCACCCAAUGCAUAAUAGGAGUAGUAAUAGUCGCCCUUUGUCGCGUAUAAUUACGCUCAGUACCCGUGCUGCUCGAGCCAACAGCGCUGCCAGAAAUGCAUUGAAUAACGCAGCAAACAAUGGAACGAAUAGCCCAUCAAAUGCCGCUCGUGAGACUCGGGCUUCUCGAACUCGCGCUGCAGCCCCUGUUGCAGCUGCGGCACCCGUACCCGCACCAAGUCAGUUUGACGGAACAGCCUUGAAUGUGCCUGAAACCCCGCGGUCUAAGAGGGUCAGACGAGGUCCAGCAGUCGAGGAAACUCCAAGAAGUACGAGACAGUCUGCUAGACUGCGGUCUCACGUCAACCCCUCUUUUAACGAUAACGCUUCCUCUGAAGUAGCCAUUACCAAACAGUUCGAAGCAAGCCCCUCCAAGGGGGUUACUCCUAGUAGUAGAACUAGGAAUAGAAGCCGGCAAUCUGUGGAUGCUGCACCUGAAACUACUCAAAGCAGUGUGAACUCUAACGUAACCACCGAUAUGAGGCCUCCAUCCCCGGAAGACAUUAUCCCAGAAACCAUCGAAGGACUUAAAGAAACAGAAGGCGAUCAAGACCCGCAUGAAUCCAUGGAAUCAACUCAAGCUGCAGGAGAGUUACUGGCGGGCUCCACGUACCAGGAGGACAACCAUGAAACGAAUGAGGUGAGCAUCCAGGAGAUCGAGGGUAUGCCUAGUCCUGCGAAAACUUCCUGUUCAUCUGGAUCUCGAAAGCGCAGAUCUUCGGAGCCAGAAAACAAAGGUACUGCAGAGUUUACCAGUAUUCUGGAUCUUCCUCGCCAAAUAUUGAAAGUGGAGGAUGGGGAGCUCGAUCGUACGGCAGAACAAACGUUACAGGGAAGUACCGAUAUCAAAAAUGCGUCGCGCUCUCCCGAUGAUGAGGUGGAAGAUUCUAAAACUGGCGAUGACUCCCGCCAAAUAACGGAAGAUAUUGAAGAAUCUACUCCGGAGAAUGCCGCAGAGCCCACAGUUGGGAAGGCACUUCGUGGCGGGCGUAGUCGAGGACGAGGCCGCGGUGGGCGUAGCAGAGCUGCAGCACGCUCCGGCUCAAGCAAGCGAGGCCGUGGCGGUGCUCGUGCUGCUCGUGGUGGGCGUGUUGGGCGUCAAUAUGAUCGGUCAAGUGAUGUCGAGCAUGACCGUUCUCCCUCUCCUAGUGCAGCCACCCAAAAGCUCCGGGAUCGACAACGAGAACUGGAUAAAGCAUUUAGGAAGGUGGCGGCUGCCCAACGAUUGGCUUUGGCUGUUUUAGCUUCACAGUCUCAGAAAAAGCUCUCCCGCGAUAAGAACACCCACAGAAAUGUACCCGAGUAUGAAGAAAUUAACUCACUCCUGAAGGCAAGGCUCGAAGAGAGGCUGGAUGUUUUCCGCCAUGAAUAUGAGCUCCGAGUUGAGCAAGAAAAUAGGCUUUUCGCUGCUAAUAGAGAAGCAAUCGAGGAAAGAUUUCGAGCGUCAGCCCGGUACAUCAAAGAAGAACAUUACUUUGCAAGCCAGGGAGAAUAUAUGGCAUUUGUGGAAGGCCGACGUGCUGCGGAGGAUGAUGAGCACACUGAAACUGAUGGCUCUGAAACCGAGCCUGAGCGUGUUAUUCCACCAGCAAAGGAAGUCGUGAGGGGGUUCAAUUCUUCCUUCGUACGGAAUCCUGCUGGAGCCGCUUCCUACGACCGUGCUAGGUAUGGCUGGGACGAUUUCGUCCAGCGUGCUAAGUUAGGCGAUGAUAUCGACCCACAGAUGAAGGAAAUGAGGGAAGCUGGACCGUUUGCUGGCUUUUCUGCUCGAGAAAUCAUAGACCUCUUACUAGAGGCAACUGAUAUCGUUGAAGUGCGCCAGAAAGCCAGUGUAGAGAAUCAGCUAAACCCUGCCUUCCCUGAUACGCGCCCGACGGCCUUGUUCGCAUUGGCCGAUGUGGCAGCCGCUGAGCUCCCUCGUCCUACCUUACCCCAAACCACAUCACGGCUUUCGGCACACAGAGCUCUCCUUCCGCAGCCUUCACAGGUGUCUCACGGGCCGACAGAUCCUCGAUCUUUCGUGCUGCCGCCCCCCACACCCCAACGGCAACAGCCCCGUCGGCUCCUCCCUGCUGGGCAGCAAAUUCCGCCCAUCAGUGAGCAACUCGGUCUCCCAGAUCCAUUCGCGAGUAGGGGUGGACCUCCACAGCUCCCCCCUCCUCCAGGGUCUAACUUCCAACGGCCUCCGCUGCCUAAUUACUUGACGAGUCAUCAUCCACAGAGUUUGUAUUAUCCGCCGCCACCGCCGCCUACAGCCCCGCCACCUGGCCCUCGCCCUCCAUAUUAG